AUGGAGGCCUACAGCUUGCCCGCUGGAGUCGAGAAGCAACUGACCUUCACGUACAAGGACAACGAGGGCGAUGAGGUACGCUUCGACACUAACGCCGAGCUAGACCUGGCCCUCCGCACAUCGUCGGUGCCCCUCCGCAUCAUGGUCGCCAACCCCCCGCCCUCCUCCUCCUCCUCCUCCUCCGCCUCCUCCUCUUCGCGUAGCACCCCCAACCCGGAGGCCACCAGCGCCGCUCCCCCGUCCAUCCCUUCCACCCCCGGCUACGCGGUCGCCUCCAACGUGGGCUCCGUGGUGGGCGGCGGCGACGACGCCGACAUGAUCAUGGUGGACAUGCCGGGAGAGGCCGCCGCCGCCGCCGCGGCCGGCCCGAGCGGGGGCUCCGUGGAUGGUAGCCAAGCCGACGGCCCGGAGAAGGAAGCGAUCAACCCGCAGGCGGCCUUCGAGGCGGAGGCAGCGGCCGCGAGGGACCCGGAAGGGAGCCUGCUCUACCAGAAGUCGUCGAUGCGCCUGGCGAAGCGCUUCAAGGUGCACCUGACGCCGACCCAGCUGUGGCGGGUCAUGGCCCUCUUCCAGAUCCAGGGCAGGCAGCUGGUGGUCUUCGGCCUGGCGCCGCACCGGUCGCUGGACGCCUCCGCCUCCGCCGCCGCCUCAGACGUAGACUCCUCCGACGAAGAGGGGGGAGAGAACAAGCCCUCCGCCGUCCGCGGCCUGAAGCGCAGCAAGAGCCAGGUGGCGCGGACCAUCGUGGCCGACCACGUUCAGCGCCUUCUCAUCCUCAACGGCGUCGAGCUGCCCGGGGACGAGGUGCAGCCGCUCCUCCAGGCCCUGCGCGUGCGCUCCAGGCGCCUGGUCAGGCUUGGCCUCCUCGGCCCCGAGUUCCUGGAGGACAUGCCGGACGGCCACUACCACCGCGAUGGGAAAGGCCCGCGGGGCGGGCCGCCGGGCCACCCGAUGCACGGCCACGGCCACGGGCCCGGAGGCCGCUUCGGCGGCCGCGGCGGCGGCGGCAGGGGUGGUGGUCCCCCCUACGGCAGGGGGGGCGGGCCGCCGCCCAUGAUGCAGUUCCACUCGCCCCCGCCAUUCCACCACCAGGGCGGGGGCUUCUCUGGUCCUUCACGGCGGCGGCGGCGGCGGCGGCGGAGCGGAGGGUGGUGCCGCUCACCGGUCUCCGCCUCCGCGCGGACCCCCCCCCCCGCACAUGAUGGGCAUGGGCAUGGGGGGUCCUCCGAUGGAGCCGCCCCACGGCCACCACCACCAGCGUGGAGGAGGCCGGCACCCUCCCCCGCCGCACAUGCGCGGCGGUGA